AUGGCAUCCAAAGCUGAAGGGACUGCUCGGUGUGGCUUCUGUGGAAAGACCUUGCCGAACACUUCAGCACUGAACAAACAUAUUAAACGAACUAUUACCUGCAACAAAGCCUCGCAUCAGGAGUUUGGAACCUAUGUUGCCAAUAUCUGGAACGCACCUCAAGCACCUGCCACAGGCCCAUCUGGAUUUUCUUUGGAGCCUGCCCCUGAAAUGGUUGGACCACCUAUACCAAUUGAAGGUGAAUCUGAAACAUCUGAACCCGAUGAUCAGUCUGAUCAAGGUCUUGAGGCCAGUCUUGACAUACCUGAACCUCCAGCAUCCCCUCCUCCUCCUCCUCCUCCUCCUCCUCCACACACUCCAUCCACGACCCGUACUACGACCCGUACUACCAAUGAAGAGAUUCCAGAUCAGGAUACCUAUCCUGAGUCCCACGUUGAGGAUUUUCCUGAAGAAAGAAAAGCCGGGGCUGGCUGGGGUUAUGAUGUCCCACUUUUUGAACGCAUUCGGCGUGAGCAGGAGGAGGGCGGCAGCUCACGGUGGGGACCCUUUGAUAGCGAGGAAGAGUGGGAGCUGGCUGAGUGGCUGAUUCGAAACGUCAGCCAGAAACAAACCGACACCUAUUUGAAGCUUCCUAUUACAACCAAUCGAACGAAGCCCUCUUACAACAAUAACCGUAAUUUUCUCAAGAAAGUUGAUGCCCUGCCGACACAAGGGGCCACAUGGACAUGCGACAUUGUAACAGCGCCAGGAGAUCGAACCAAUGAAGAUGGAAAGCCAAUGCCACCAGAAAAGCUUGAGCUGUGGAGGCGGGAUCCUGUGGAUUGUGUAAAGGAGUUGAUGAGUAACCCUGCUUUUAAAACAGUGCUGAAGUACGCACCUGAGCAAGUGUACCGUGAUAAGGAGGGGAAUAUACGUGUCUAUGACGAGAUGUGGACUGGUGAUUGGUGGUGGGACACACAAUGGAAGCUUGAUGUGGGGGCAACAAUCGCCGCUCUGAUUCUCUCUUCAGACAAGACUCAAUUAACCCAGUUUCGGGGUGACAAGAAAGCAUGGCCUGUUUACCUUACAAUUGGAAACAUUGAGAAAGAGAAGCGUCGCAAACCCUCAGCCCAUGCCACCGUCCUUAUCGGGUAUUUACCAGUCGCGAAGUUGGACAAUUACACUGAAGCGACGCGUUCUCAAGAGGGUUAUCGACUUUUCCAUUUCUGCAUGGAGAAACUGUUAGUGCCGCUCGUCAAAGCUGGGGAAGAGGGUGUCAACAUUACCUGUGCAGAUGGCAUUGUUCGUCGGGUCUUCCCAAUCCUUGCUUCAUAUGUUGCAGAUUUUCCGGAGCAGUGUCUCGUCGCAUGCUGCAAAGAGAGUUACUGCCCCAAGUGCCGAGUGGAACCAAAAGACCGAGGGGAGAUGGUGGACUCCUUGCUACGAGAACAAGAACGUAGCAAGACUAUUUUGAGUCACAAGAAGAGUGGGCGACGUGUGGCUGCUUACGAUAAUGAGGGAUUUCGCCCUGUAUGGAAGCCAUUUUGGGCCAACCUUCCUCAUGUCGAUAUCUUCACAUGUUUCACACCCGACAUCCUUCACCAGCUUCACAAGGGAGUCUUUAAGGACCAUCUAGUCAGCUGGUGUGUUGAGCUAGCAGGCAAACACGAGAUAGACGCACAUUUUCGCAGUAUGCCUGGUUACCCAGGCCUUCGACACUUCAAAAACAGGAUCUCCCAUGUAUCCCAGUGGACAGGGCGAGAGCACAAGGACAUGCAACGUGUCUUCGUCGGUUUGCUUGUCGGUGCAGUACAGCCUGCCGUUUUGCGGACUGCGCGCGCAGCUAUCGAUUUCAUCUACUAUUCACAACUGCACAUACAUACCUCAACAACACUCGAUGCACUUCAAGACGCACUGAAGAUCUUCCAUGAGAAUAAGGACAUCUUCAUUCGCGAGGGCGUCCGCGAGCACUUCAAUAUUCCAAAACUCCAUCAAAUGUUGCAUUACUGUGAAGCGAUCAAGUCUCGUGGUGCCGCUGACGGUUACAACACGGAGUUGCCAGAGCGUCUUCAUAUCGAUUUUGCAAAGGAAGCAUACAGAGCAAGUAAUGGGCGGGAUUAUGAGGAACAGAUGGUGAAGUGGCUUGGGCGCCAGGAAGCAGUUGCGAGGUUUAGGGCAUACCUCGAUUGGUCACUGAGGCGUGAUGCUGAGUCCGACGUUGACAGUGACAGUGAUGCUAACACUGACAGCGACGUGAUCAACGAACCUUUGGCAGCCACCUCCCCAGCCGCUACCACAGCUGGUCUGCCCUUCACUCAUCACCUACCCGUUCAACCCGGGUUUCCUCUCACAAACAUUGAUACACUCACCACUCGCUUCUUCGCUGUCAACUUCAUUUCUGCACUCACAAAGGUCAUCCGUCGUGCCUACCCCGCACCUGCCCAGCCGCUACUUCCAAACGCUACCGACAAAUUUAACGUAUAUAAGUGCCUAUCCAUUCACUUGCCCAAUCUCGCGGCUGUUGGACGCUUCAAGGCAACUCAGCGUGCCCGUGCAACACCGUUGAUUCCAGGCCGUAAAAAGGACUCCCCAGCCAACUUCGACACGGUUCUGAUUAGAAGUGGGAGUGAACUAGGGAAUCAGGUUACAAGAGGUACCUGCCUCAAAGGACUUCGAGUGGCCCAGGUACGCGUGAUCUUCGCACUGCCUGACCACCUUCGGGGGCGUGAACUUCCCAAGUAUCACGCGUACGUUGAAUGGUUCAAUCCACUCCGUGCGCCUGACCCCGAUUCCCUCCUUCACUCUGUCACCCGUUCCUACCAGCAUGGGCAACCUCUUGCUGAAAUCGUCCCGCUCACCGACAUUGUCUCCACCUGUCAUCUGACUCCGAAAUUUGGAACCAACUGGCACCCUGCUCCUUGGACCAACGUUGAAAUACUCGAUAACUGGAAGUCCUUUACUUUGAACAAGUAUAUUAACUUAGGUACUUUUUAUGAACACCAGGGCUUCAAGUAG